AUUGUUUACAAUAAUCUGUCAAUAAUCUGCAAUUCUCUACGGAAAUGAAGAUAUACAGUUUUUUAUUGUUGUGAUAUAUAUUGAAAGAAUUUUAAAUUUUAACAUUUUGAUACUAAUUAAAGCCACCAGUCAAUUAUAUAUUUAUCUAAAAUGCAUGAAGCUUAUAACGCCCAUUCUUUGAUAAAACUUUCUUUUCAAGUGGAGUCAAUAGCAGCUUAUGAUGAAAAUUUAUUGGUGGGUACUAGGCAGGGGCACCUGUUUAUGUACAGUGUGGCAAGAAACGAAGACAAAUGUGAAGUACAACUUAUGAGGUAUAACAAGUCUUUUAGCAAAAAGGCUGUUCAACAAAUUGAAGUUGUACCUGAGUAUAAUAUUCUAAUUAGUCUAACAGAUAAUUUAAUACAGUUGCAUGAUAUGAACGCAAUAAAUUUCACCACAAUUCAUCAAGUUCAGAAAUCAAAGGGAGCCACUUUGUUUGCUGUGAACACUGAGAAAAGAACUUCCUUAACCGGCGAAUCAAGCGUUCUAGUUCGUGUAGCGGUUGUGGUCAAACGUAAAAUACAAUUGUAUUAUUUAAAAAACAGUAGUUUGCAUCAGUUGAACGAAGAUAUCAAUUUGUCGGACAUCCCGCGCUCCAUGGUGUGGUGUCAGGAAUCCAUUUGUAUUGGGUUCAGAGGGGAAUACGCAUUAAUAGAGUUUAAAGACUCUGAAACCACAUACACGGACCUGUUUCCAACUAGCAGCACCAAGUCCAGUGAUCCUUGCAUAGUCAAAGUAUCUGACAACACGUUUGCGUUAUGUAGGGAGUCGCAAACGGUUCUAGUGAACGUAAACGGACAACCCGAUAGAAAUAAAGCCCUAAAAUGGUCAGACGUUCCAAUCACUUUGGCCUGGGAUGAACCUUAUGCUUUGGGUGUUUUGCCUGAAUCUGUUGAGAUUUUAACUUUGGAACCUAAUGGUUUGGUUCAAACCCUGACUGACCUGCAAAAGGUCCGGUUUAUUUUACCUUGCAAGCAAGGUUUGUUGUAUGCUGCUUCUGUUAGCCAGAUCUGGUGCAUACAGGCCGUAGACGUAGCCAAACAAAGGAAAAUUUUGUUGGAUACCAAACAGUUUCAAUUAGCUCUAAAUAUCACGAUUGUUUCCAACGAAUCGGAAGAAGACAAGAAUGAAAAAAUCCAUCAUAUUCAAACUCUUCUAGCUUACGACUUGUUCGCAAAUAAAAAAUUCCAUGACAGCAUGAAAGAGUUCUUGAAACUGGGUACAGAUCCGUGUGAUGUAAUUCGUUUAUUUCCUGAUUUAUUACCGCAACAAACAGGUGCACCCGAAUUCCCCGAAACGUCCAGAGAUUUAACCGAAAAAGAACUGGAAACUGGACUGUUGGCGUUGAUCGACUUUUUAACUGAGAUGCGAUUUAGACUUCAAGCCAAACCCAAAGCUAACGUUAACGCUCAGGGAAAUCUGAACGAAAAGGGCCCGAGUAAAUCUACGCAACAACUACUUCAAAUUAUAGAUACGACCUUAUUGAAGUGCUACCUACAAACGAACGAUGCACUUGUGGCACCAUUACUGCGCCUGAAUCACUGCCAUUUGGCGGAGGCAGAAAAAAUUUUGAAAAAGAAAGGCAAACACAACGAUUUGAUAAUUUUAUAUCAGACGAAAGGUCAACACAGACGUGCUUUGGAGUUGUUACAGUCUGAAGGUAGUGCUGAAAGGACUAUCACAUAUUUACAGCAUUUAGGCACUGAAAAUAUGGGGCUAAUACUGGAGUUUGCUGAUUGGAUAUUAAAAGCUUCACCAGAGGAAGGACUUAAAAUAUUCACUGAAGAUAUAGCAGAAGUAGAAGCUUUACCUCGACCCCGAAUCCUGGACUUCCUUUUAAAACACCAUCCAUCCGCCGCAAUCCCUUACUUGGAACACAUCGUCCAUGUGUGGAAGGAUACUAGUGCCUUCUUCCAUAACGCUCUGGUCCAUCAAUAUCGAGAAAAAAUCAAACAGGAAAGUAUAUCUUCAGAACACACCAGAAAAAAAUUGCUCAGUUUUCUGGAAGAGAGCACCUAUUAUGUGGCAGAGAAUAUACUCAGCAAUUUUCCUACUGACGAUUUGUUGGAGGAGAGGGCGAUUAUUUUAGGGAGAUUGGGCAAACAUGAACAAUCAUUGGCAGUUUACGUUAGGGUAUUGGGUGACAUAGAAAAGGCAAAAGGCUAUUGUAAAAAAGUGUACGACAAUCGAUUGUACGGUCAUGAAUCUGUGUACGUAUCUUUAAUAAACUUGAUCUUAAAUCCAGACAGUUGUCAAUUGGCCUUGCCUGGAACCGUUUUAUCACCGAAAACGGCACAGGCUAACACGGAACUAGCCCUGGAACUUCUCGAGCAAUAUUCCAAUGCCAUAAAUCCGCUGGAUAUGUUGGCGAUUCUGCCGGACGACGUACCCGUGCACAGGAUUAGGAAAUUUCUGCUAGUCGCAUUGCAAAAGGUAACGAACGAAAGGCGCCGAAAGGAACUUAUGAAGGGACUAUUGUACGCUGAGCACUUGCAAUGCCAGGAGAUGAGGCUUAAUCUGCAGAGUCAAUAUGUUUUAGUUACCGACAUCAACGUAUGUCCAGUUUGCAAGAAGAGGUUUGGAAAUCAAAGUGCUCUGGUAAGGUACCCAAAUGGUGACGUCGUCCAUUUCUCGUGUCACGAGAAAAAAUAAAUAAAUCUCGGUUACUUUCCUGAUAUGUAUGUAAAGCUUUAUAUAUGUUAAUUAUGCUGUAAUUAUGUAUUUACUAUUUAUAAAUAAAAACUUAUAUUUAA